AUGAAUUUAAUCCAAUUGGAGAUUGGAUAUUCUUCAAAUGCAGCAAUGUUGAAGAUUUAUAUGUAUCUUAUCUUGGUCUCGCAUAGAUGUUAUGCUCUUUGCCGGGAAGGCUCCACGUGUAGGGCGGCUGAUAAGAAGGGGUUUCAGCGUUUGGAGACGGUGACACGACAAGAAGUGUCGGUUUGGAGCAAACGAACGCUUAUAGGUCGUCUGAGAGAGGAACACGUACAAGUGAGAGAGAUGGGUUUGGAAUUGGAGGCACUGGGAGAUUUAGCCUUGCACGUUAUUCUAUCCAAGUUAGGCCCCAAAGACACCGCCAGAGCAGCUUGCGUCAGCAACAAGCUUAGGUCUUCCGCCUCCGAUGAUUCCCUCUGGUCCAACUUCUGCUCCCAGGAUCUUGAUCUCAAUCGGCCCCUUGAUCCUCUCGGAAACCCUACCCCUUCUUUCAAGGAAACUUAUCAAAUAUGGCGGGAGGCUUUCAGUAUGUAUCCAUGGCCACUGGUCAUGCGAGUUAAAAGAUGUUGGGGGAGACUUAAGAACUGGUUGGGCAUUAAUUUUCCGGAGGCCGAGGCUACACUUCGCAAGGGUGCAGCAGAAGCUGAUAUUCAACAGUUAGAGACAAUCUUGAAAGUGAAAUUGCCUCUUCCUACAAGGAUCCUCUAUCGGUUUUAUGAUGGUCAAGAAUUUGUGGUGAGGCAAUCGGCUCGUGGAACUUCACUGGGACUCAUAGGUGGCUAUUCUUUUUAUGACCAUUUGGUAAAUGUGUAUUUGUUACCUUUAAGUGAGGUGAUCUUACAAACAAAGGCAAUCAUCCAUCACCUAGGUUUUUCCAGCAGAUCUAAGUAUAUUGUUGUUGCUGCUUCCACAUAUGUCAGAAAGUUGUUUUUCCUGAACUGUACCACUGGUCAACUCCAUGUUGGUACUGCAAAUCUUCCGUCUGAUGGAGAAAUGAUGCCAUGUGUACCAGAUAGAUUAAUAAGUUCAGUGCAUGAUUUCAAAGGUGAUCAACAGCAGGAUGCAAUGCUACUAUGGUUAGAGGAACAUGGCCGUCGUUUAGAAAAUGGCAUUAUUAAACUUCGUGAAGAAGAAAAUAUCAGAAGUAUCAGUCUAUUUCCAGAGGAACCUCCGCUCUGUUCCACUGCUAUAACCAAUGGGGUGAAAGUUCGUGCUUCUGCUGUGUUUAUUCCGGAGGCAGCUGACCUUCAAAAUGAUGAUGCGAAGUAUGCAUUUUCGUAUUCAAUCCGCAUUUCCCUUCAGCCUGAAGGAUGCAUCAUUGAUGGAAUUCCUUUCGGCUCAUGCCAACUGUAUUUGAGGCAUUGGAUCAUCCGUGCUUAUGACCGCAUAGUAUCCAAGGUUAAUGAUGAAGCAGUAAUAGGAAAGUACCCACUAUUGCAUCCAGGUGAGAAAGAAUUUGUUUAUGAGAGUUGCACACCUCUACCAACAUCUCCAGGUUCUAUAGAGGGAUCUUUCACAUUUGUCCCUGGCAGGUUAACAGACCAAAAAGGUGCUCCAUUUGAAGUUGAAGUGGCAAAAGUUGACCUCCAUUUGCCAGACUACAUUUUCUAAUCUGUGGCAACUCCAGCUUAUUUAUGCAUUAUGUGGUCUUUGUUAUUAAUUAUGUCGAAAGUUUUUGGAUUUGUGAAAGCUUGUUAGCUUUUCUUGAUGCCUGAUCUGUAAUGUGUGUGAGCUGCUACUGCAUGCUUAUAUUUGAAUGGCCUUGUUUAUAGAUUUCUUGAACCUAAGUUAUCACAAAAUGUAAGAAGGAUCCUUGUAUCGAGAAGACCUGAAUAUUAUGUCAAUGCUUUAUUGA